CGUGAAUCAUGUCCGCCCGGGUCUGGUUUGUGACAGAUCGCCGGAUCCUGCAGGAUUACCCACAGCAGGAGAUCGAGCGCGCCCUCCGACAAAAAUGCGCCGACGAAGAGGUGGAAUUUCGCAUGGUCUUAAUGGAUGAGAUCGUCAUCACCAUCGAGCAGGGAGCUUUGGGACUACGUAUCAAACAGGAACCAGUAACCAGUUACCCUCAAGUAGUGGUUGUUCGAGUUCCCACUCCUUCAGUCCAGAAUGAUAGUGAUAUUACACUCCUGCGGCACUUGGAAAAGAUGGGCUGUCGCCUGGCCAAUCGUCCUCAGGCCAUAUUGCACUGCGUUAACAAGUUCUGGACUUUCCAGGAGUUAGCUGGUCAUGGAAUACCAUUGCCUGAUACAUUCUCUUACGGUGGUCAUGAAAAUUUUGCAAAAAUGAUCGAUGAUGCUGAGCCUUUGGGUUAUCCAGUAGUAGUUAAAAAUACACGAGGUCAUCGAGGUAUAAAUUCUUUCUCAUUUUGCAGGAAGGCAGUGUUCCUGGCACGGGACAAGCAUCAUUUGUCUGACUUAUCUCAUCUGAUACGACAUGAUGCUCCCUACCUUUUCCAGAAAUACGUAAAAGAAUCGCAUGGGAAGGAUAUCCGUGUGGUGCUGGUAGGAGGCCGUGUGAUUGGUGCAAUGCUGCGAUGCUCCACUGAUGGUAGAAUGCAAAGCAACUGCUCAUUAGGUGGUGUUGGUGUGAUGUAUCAGCUGAGUGAGCAGGGCAAACAGCUGGCAAUCCAAGUCUCCAAUAUUCUGGGCAUGGAUGUGUGCGGUAUCGAUCUGCUCAGGAAAGAUGACGGUUCUUUUGUAGUGUGUGAAGCAAAUGCAAAUGUAGGUUUCAGGGCCUUUGAUAAAGCUUGCAAUCUGGAUGUAAGUGGUAUCAUAGCAGACUAUGCCCUGUCAUUGCUGCCAAGCAGACUGACCAGAAAGAUGUCGCUUCUUUCUGUUGUUUCAAGUGCCAGUGAAACAAGUGAGCCAGAGGUGGGGGCUUCAGUCAGUGCCAUCCCUGAGAGUGUGUUCACCAUGAGUGUGGGUUCAAGCUCUAGUGAGAGUGAUCCUGAAAUAGUGGAGGUCAGAGAUUCUGACACUGCUGCUUCCAGGUCCAUGCAGACUGUCCUGCCUGAGACAGGCUACAAUAUGAACAAUCUCAUAAAUACUGAAAUGAAACUAUUGAGUGAGUGAGGCUGAGGAACCAUUCCUAAUCGGUAAAUCAAACAGGGCAGCUUUCCCAGCUGAACUGUGGUUAAAACAGUAAAGGAAUUGAUGGACUGAAUACUUAAUGGUUUAAUAUGAGAGUAAAUUAUAUCAAAUCUGGGUAUAUUGAAUAGCCCUGAAUGAUAUUAUAGCCAUUAACUCACUCCUGGGCAAUGGGUUAUGUAGCCUCAGUGUCACUGGGGCCACAGUGGAGAUUGCAGUUGAUAAACUAUUUCAAUUACUCAGUAAUAUGGUUUCAGUUGCUUAGUUAAAAAGUAUUGCCUUGGCAAUAAAAAAAAUAGUAAUCGUCAGAAAGACAAGGACUGGUUAAUGUUCCGGAGAAGACCUUUCAUCAGUUCAUGUUCGGAAAUGGAAAGCCUCUGCUUCACAUCUUCCAUUCCUACCAUGAUUGAGGUUGAGUACAUUCUGCAUUUGAAAUCAAAAUCUUGCCUCUCUGCAAUGAACUGCACCUCACACUUAACUAGAAUAGCAGUUUUAUAUCUUCUUUGUUUACAAUUUGCUUACAACAGCAGUAUUGUUGGUGAAAACAGUUUGAACUGGCAUUCAAAACAGACAUUAUUAUUCUGGAGCAUAUAACAACUCAAGCUGUGAUUCUUUAGCUGGUCCUAGACCAAAGGCAUAAAUAUGAAGAAACAGAGAACAUCAGUUUAAACAAAAUGGUCAGCACAUACUAUUUCAAUUCUUAUCUCUUCCUUUUCCUCCCAAAAUAACUUUUGAACAGUGAUAUUAACAUGUUGGUUAGAAAUAAAUGAACUUCUGCAGAAAGUAAUUUGAGAGAAAAUAUAAUUAAAAUAUAAAGGAAUUUGAUGUCAUUUUCUGUUUUUAGUUGUUUUUUGGAAUUUGGCACAUGAAUUUGCCUAUCAGGUAGGUUAAUGGAUAAGCAGUGCAUGUUGAGGGGUAUGGUCAUAAACAAUGGUAAACUGAUUGUUUACAAGUAGUUUCUCUGCUCAACGUCAAGUAAUUGAAAGUGAAUUAGAUGUUUUUCUCAGUUUGAGACUUGGUUGUAACAUUGAAGAAAUCUAUAUUUUGUUGACUUAAUUGAUAAAAUGCAGUUUUUCUCAGAUUGAGAUUACGAAGAAACAAUCCUGGACUUCACAAAAAUAUUUGGGAAAUAAAUAAGACAUGUUCUAGUCCAUCGAUACAGAAAUCCUCUUGACUUGAGUUGCCGUGCUAAUAUGUGUAAUAAAUGUUUUGAAUUGUUGCACCCCAUUUCCACUUUACUAUUUUAAUUUUACUUGCUAGCAAAUCAAUGCCAGCAUAUCCUAAUACUGUGCUACAAAACUCAAAGAGAAACAAGGCCAGUUGUCUCGUUGAAGCUUGUCUCCUAGAAUACUAACACAUAAAGCUGAGCAUCAUGCUAGAUAUGAAAGGUAUGAAAUGUAUUUGGCAGAUUGCUGUUUUGUCAUCAUCUGGUUUUGCAAAAGUUUUGGAUCUGGUUUAUCAAGUGAAAUGUGCAAGAUUAAAAUCCCUGGGAGAUUUUAAAAAAUUAUCAAAUGAUAUAUUCAGGAUAGCGAGUAUUGCUGUUUAUACACAGUAUUGCUAAACAGGUGAAAUCUGUAAGGUGUAUAAUGUAUGAGGAUUGAUUUGUCCUCCUUUUGAUUUUACAGAAGCUAGCUACAGCCUCUCGCAGUCUGCUGAGUCUCUCGGGGGAAAAAGUAGUGUCUGUAUUUACAAAUUGUAUCUCCCAGAAUGAAGGGCAGAAAUAUUCUUUUUUCUUUUAAAAUAUUUCAAUAUAGUUUCUGAUUUUUAUAAAGUUGGUGAGUUUGUGUACACAUUACUGAAGGUAUUAACUUUAACAGUUAAUAUAUGGGUCAGCAAGCACAAAGCUCACAAGCAGUUUAAACAGUAUAGCAUUUGCAGUGUUUAAAAUAAUUUUAAAUAGGAUAACUCAGUUUCAGUAGUUAGGCUUUCAUACUCAUACCGAUGUGAAUAUUAGAACAGUACACAAAACCGACCAGCUUCAUUAACUUAGAUCAGAAUCCUUGCUGUCUCAUUUCACUAGAUACAAAUCUAGGUAAAAUGGCUGUUAAGUGGUAGGUAUUACUGUACAAUGAUUAGUGCAAACCAAGUUAAACAAAUAACAUGCUCAUUAAAAAACAAGCAUGCCACUAUUUGCAGGAUUAUGAGUAUACGUUACAUUAAGAGAACGUGAAAUCCUGAGCAAAUUUGUUCACAGAAUCUACUGUUAUAUGUCACUCAACAUGGUUGAGAUUCCUGCAGAGAUUGACUUGAAAUAUUGCAGAAUUUUAGAUAAGCUUAAUGAAAGUGUUUCUGCAAGCUGAUUGCACAGCUCAGUAAGGCCAGUCAUAUUCUUCAAAUAAUGUGGCUCUUGUUAAUAUAAGGGCAGUCUGGCUGUGGCUGGUACUCUUUGCACCAGUACUAUACAGAAUAGCUGUCAACACAGCCUGUUGAUUCAUGCACACUUAAAACAGCAAAAGAACAUUGUACAUAUUCUGCUUGCUGUAUAUUUUACACUAAGAUUUUAUUUAACUGUGCUUGCACAACAUUCUGAUUAAAUGUAACUAAUUCCUUCUGGAAACACACCAGCUAUCCAACAUGAUCUUUCUCAAUCCUUUUAAUAUCAAUGAGCAUAAUGAGAUCUAACUUUUAAAAUAGCUUGUGAAACUUUUCCGAUAAACCUUUCUGCAAUUUUUCAAGACCAAUGUCACUGUGGAAACUCAGUGUCAAAAAUUCAGGGCCUUACAUGCUUUGUUGAGAAGUUUCACACACUAUUCUAGUUGAAUAUAUUGUCUCAAAGCCAGUUGCAGCUGGAACAGAGUCAAUGACCUGAAAAUCCCUGGCAAUAUUUCUAAACAGCACAGAAUCCAAGAAUGAGGCAAAGACAUGGUUCAUCAAUUUAAACUGUUUACUAAAUUUCUUGAAGCAGAUUCAUGAUUUUUUGUUUUAUGUACAAUUCUCUGAUGUCUGAAUAUUUGAAUGCAUCCCAGUGAAAAUUCAGAACCAUUCAAACCCAACCAGCUCUCUUUUGGAAUGCAACUACUGGGAUUAUUGUGUCUGGGCUGGUGGAGUGGCAAAGGGAUUGAUAUCAAUGAAUGCAUUUUGAACAAUUGCAAAGAAUCUGUCUUAUUUAAGUCAAACAGUGCAUUGAUUGCUUUUCAUGCUUGCAAACUAAGAAUGGAGAGGCCAUUUUGAGUGGAGCUGUUACCCAACAGUAGGCUUGGUCCUCAUCUGGGUUAAGAUGAGAGUGAAACAUCAAUCAUAAAGCUACUUAGGCUGAAGAAGUUGUGCAAUUUCUCUAAUAGAACAUUCAGUUAAAAAAUCUAUUAUUUGAAUGUAAGUAAGUAAAACUAACAGAAAGGCCUGUGCACAUUUCUUACCCACGUUGCCACUCCUCCCAACCCCAACCACCAAAAGAAAAAGGUUACCCUUGACAUCCUUUCUAAAGGAGUUUCCAGGUUACCUUGUAAAUUGAAUGUUGUAAAAAUAUUAUUUAAUGGCCACAGUAUUUCUUAUUUGGAAUAAAGUGUAGUUAGUUAUCUAGCCAUUUUGAGGGAAUAACAAUGAGUUGUCAAGCCAAUGAAUGCCUUCACAGACAUUUCCAGUAGCCAACCUGGGAAGAGCUAUGCUUCAAAUGAUAUGGGCUUGUUUGUUUUUGUGUCCAGCACUAGGUAAAUUGAUUAAAUGAGCAGGGAGGUUGCUGGUAUUGAAAGUCAAGAGGUGGUUGAUGUUUUUGUGUCCAUUGUUCAGAUAAGUUGAAUAAAAGCUGAGGUUGAGAGUCAAGAGUGGCAGACGAACAUUGGUAUGCACAUUCAGUUGAGCGAUUCAGAACUGUUUGACAAUUUUUUUCUGUCCAUGUAAUUUGUAAUUUAACUUAACAGCAUGGAAAAGAGUGGAAACUUUUCAUGUUUGAAUAAAGAUGGCAUAUAAUUGUAUGAAGUCUAUUUAACCUUCCUAGUUAUUCUGGUGGGCACGAGGAAGGAGAGCUCCAAAGGUUUGAAGCAUAAAAAUAUUUAAAAAGGUAAAGGAAACAUUUUAUAUAUCAUUGGUGCACACCCCCUCAAAUGUUUCAGUCAGUUAAAGAAUUUGCUGAUUUUAUGUGUGGUUUUAACUGACUGGCUGGUGUUUAUUAUGGUUGUGCAUAGGUCCUUAUCACAGUAAGUUAAGCUGAUUGAAUAAGUUAGCAUAUAACUUUGUUCUGCAGCAGUAAGAUACAGUAAGAAGAUAAAUUUUAAAAUGAUUUGUACUUUUAAAAUUAACCUAAAAUUGUAAAGGGGGUUAGGGAAAAGAAAAAAUAUACUGUGUACAAAAUGUGUUCUCAUGUAAAAUGCUGAAUGCUAGCUAGUUAACAGGCUGGCAAGGUUAAUUAAUCGUAUUAUGUCAAUACUAUUGAAAUCAUUUAACUGGUGUAUGUUGAGACUAAAAUUUGAUUUUUUUUUUAAAUUGCAACUGCCCCCACUGAUGAUUCUAAAACGAAUUUUUUUUUUGUACGGGAGGCGAGGGAAGAGAUUUGACCCUAUUUAUUCAGUUUCUCUGUGUUCUACCUUUCCUUAGAGUUGUGGGCAUCCAAACAGAAAUAUUACUGCAGAAUGUUUACAUUUGUCUGACCAAUAAAUAUUUAUUUUACCUGAUGGAUAGUCUUCUUUCCAUGAUACUCAAAACUGUGGGAUGAAUUUAUAAGCCCAACUUUGGCAAAACAACAAAGCACUGCACUGGAAACGUUUGAAGUACAAGCCCCUAGAAUUGAGAUUUCAACCUCAAUUGUAGAUCUUUUACAGCAUUAAUAUGGUCUCUAUAUAUGACAGAUUUGAAAGCAGUUCAUUGUACAGAGUGUAAGACAGAGGCAGCCUUACAAAUCCUGACAUUCCAUUGUGUUUACAGAUAUAAUGAGUGAGAGCAGGAGAGGCAGCCCUGUCCCAUUCUCCAGGCAUGAGUAGAAUAUUAUACAUAUGUAGUUAGGAAUUAAAUUUAACUUGUAUUUAAGAGAAAAAAAAUAUUUGAACAUCCAAAAACUGUUGAGUUUAUGCUUUUACUGCUUAUUUCAUAAAUGCUCAGUGUUCUUUAAACAUUUGGGGAGGGGUGGGAGGGAGAGGUCUGAAAAUGUACAUUGUAAAAGUAAGCUGUGAGUGUUCCAAUGCACUGAACUGUACAGCUGUGAAGUUUGAAUUUACUGGCAGUUUCAUUAACUGUUUCCCUGUAGAACAUUGUGUUUGGAGCAAGAUUGUUUUUUAUGUGUGAUUGUGAGCAUGUAAGAUUGGGUGCCUUGUUCAAAUGUAAUUGACACAAUAGUCAAAGGACAUCAGUGAAUUUGUGUAAAAGGCAGUUGUGCAAUCAAAUACUCUUGAUAACAUAUCCUGGGGACAUAGCUGAACUGAUUUGAAUUACCAAAGCCUGAAAAUCUAUGUAACUAUCUUCAGAGAAAUUAUUUGGGAUAUAUGCACGAUACUUGUUUUAAAUAAUCAUAUAGAAGGUAAAACAACAUUUAAGUGCAGAAUUUUCCAUUACAGUCCAUGUGUGUAUGAUCUGGAAAUCAACUUUUAAUGGUGGUUUCCUUAAGGUAAACUAAAAGGUGACUCAUUUCAGCCAGUGGUUUGUAUUCAGUGUAUGUAUCAUUGGUUAUGUAUUAUGCUUGCACAUAUUGCAUAGUGGGGUUUGAUUAAGAUCUGAUCCUACAGAAUUGGUCGGCUCUUUUCAGCAUCAAGGUUUUGAGAGUUGUAAAAAUAUUGACUGUGACAUUUAAAACAUUACAGAAAAAUACUUUCUGUUUAAAAUAAUCCAUUAAACCCUUGGGCUGCAGUUCUGGAUGGCAUGGAAAUUGGUAGUGAUCAGCACCAAAAGUACCUUUAUAUAUCAGCUGAAAAUUUUUAUAGAUCUGAAUUUAUCUCCUGUUUUUGUGAUCUUGUCCAAAUGGCAGCUAGAAUUUGCAAGUUUAUAAACUAUUAUAAGCUUUUCUUGUAUUUUUGACACACAUAGGAUAUUUUAUAAACUUUAUUAUAAAUUUUUAAAAAAUCAUUUUUACUAUUGGUUAUUAAGUACCUAUCCGUCGGGCCAUCAUUUAAAUAUUCAAGGAGUCUGAAGCAAGGAAUUUUCCAUUUUUAAAACCAGUGCCUCUUGACAUGCUGCCUGCACAACAUAGUUGUGCUGCUGUUUGUUUUACAGCUGUGUGACUGUAGCCCAAAGGUAUAAUAAAAUGAAUAGUAACUUAUUUUCUGAUGAUAAUAUUUCAGGUUUGCUUCCUGUUCACACAGAGGCCAUCCUGUGUCCAAAAAUUUGUCUCAGCCUUUUAGUUUUAUCAUCAGGACACAAACUCUGCAUUAUUCGACUCCUUUGGAAAAUCUUAGUGCAGUUGUGGGUUACUACUUGCAUUAUAUGUUAUGCAUUAUCUUUAUGUGUGUGUAUGUAUCUGGGGGAGAGAGAGAGCCUGCAUGUCUUUCAUGAAUGUACAGAUGUCAGUGUGGUUAACUGGUAAGUGGAUUGACAUGUGGUGAUUGAAAGUUUGAAGGACUAAUAAGAUUAAGAAUGCUUGGUCGGGGUUUCAUGAUCUUUAGAAUGGUAAACUGAACUCCUAAAUAUCUAACUUGCUUCCAAAUUUAUGUGGAGUUUUAAACCAACUUUCAUUGUUUCAGUAGACAAGGUGGUGACUUGAGUUGCACUGAGGACUGAAGAAUUCUAAGUACAAAAACAUCUAUGAUCUAAUGUUUCAAGAAUUGUAUAAUUUAAAAUAAAUUCAAAUCAUUUUAAAGAUUUGGUACAAGGGGAGAGAAAUUUUAAACUAUGCAGGAUAAAGCAACAGUUGACACUAUCUCCAUUUAGGAGAAAGUGAGGACUGCAGAUGCUGGAGAUCAGAGCUGAAAAUGUGUUGCUGGAAAAGCGCAGCAGGUCAGGCAGCAUCCAAGGAGCAGGAGAAUCGACGUUUCGGGCAUGAGCUCUUCUUCAGGAAACCUCCAUUUAGGAGACUUCUCCUUCAUUAACAAAUAAAAUAUUUGUAUUGGUUUGUGGAGACUAUAGAAGUUUAGCAGAAUGCUUGUGUCCAUCAGUUGUUUUUCCUGCGUUGUUUUAUAUUUAAGUCUUUGGGGAACAGCCAGAGCAGUGGUGAAUGAAUGAAGAGAAAGAGUCACAUCAGUAAUACAAACUGUGAAACACUACAUUUUGUAAACAUCAGUAAACACUCUAAAUGCUAAGGUGUAGAUUGGGUUUGAUAGCAACCUUUUCAAAAGAAAAAUAAAAUCAGCCCUAAGCUGUUUGCAGUUCUUUCUUUGGAGUUUAUAGAAUGUUUAUUGAUGUUGCAGUUUGAAAGUGAAACUCCUACCAAGUGGUGCAAACUGACCAAGUGCUGGUGAAGCUGGCCAAUUACUGGUACUUGAGUAGCCAGUUGGAAAGCCAAGGAUAUGGUGUUAGUCACAUUGAUCAUGGUGAAUACUGUACAUAUACUUAUGUUUCAUUUUUUAGAAUGUAAUAAAAUGACUCAUUAAAAUGAAAAUAAUCAAA